AUUUUUCCUGUUCCAGAACCGUUUUUCUGUGAUAAAUAAAAAUAGAAACGAGUGCAAUUAUGGGUGUUGCGUUUUCCGCGGCAAAAAGGAAAGUGAUGAGGUUCAAUGUGGAAGAAAGGGCGUUCAAAGUCUUGGACUCUGCGAAACCCAAGCCUGCUCCUCAUCACCCGUUGCCGAAACACAUACGUGAGAAGGAGCGUUACGUGGUGCAAUCCGAUAACAAGAACAUCCACGAGAAGAAUGAAUCUUUGCACGAGCGCUUGAAGCCAUUGAUCAUUAAUUCGGAGCCUUAUAAAAAGCCGGCUGAGGAUCCCAACAGGCCGUUGCCGAAAAGUCGGGCUACGCUGGAAGAAUUCAAGUAUGGCCUGAAGGAGCCCGAAAAGGUGCCACCGGGUCGAUUAACGAUUAGAUCAGCGAUGGAUCUUCUCGGGAAACACACGGAAAAUCCUACUCAGUGGAAUACUGAGGCCCUCGCCAAGCACUUUGUUCUCAAGCCAGAACUCACCCAAAAUGUAUUGGACAAUUUCAAGUUGUUGCAAGUAGUCCAAAUGGAGGAACCAGGCUACAAGGAAGGAUCUGCUGGACCCAAAAUUUCCCUGGCCCAGGCGUUAACUUUCAAACCGCCGGAACAGUUGACAGAUGGAUCAACGACGAUGCCUUCCAAAGAAGACUCAAAAUAACAUGUUCUCCAUCACAAUUACGUUUUUAGUCAAUGAAGUUUUUUGUUUCCUUCGUGCCAGA